CUAAUCUGAUUUUUGCAUCUGAGAGUAAUAUAAUUUUUAGGAAAAUCGGUGAAAAAAACUUCGACAACUUUGGAUUUCAGAAUGCUUUUUGUGUAAGUAUCUGCAAUGGAGUUUCUAAGAAAAGCCAUUAUGAGCUUGCUGCAGUCAUCGUGUUUGUGUAUUGAUAAAUAAAUAUGUUGGUUGUCUUUAUUUUUCGUGUAUUCAGUGUACCGUAUUGAACAAAAUGGUUAUGCGGCUCAUGCUUGUCAUUUUCGCAGUUAUGUGGCCUGCUGUGAAAAAAGUUUGGUGACCCCUGAUCUAAAUCAUUAUUGUUAAUUUUAUGUUCUUGAAAAACAUACAUUUUUCAAGUUUGUUAACUAUUGAUACAAUCUGAAAAAUACUUUUAUUGUACUAAAAUACAGUAUAUUUCAGGUGAUCAUAAUUAAAGUGCUUCUAUACAGCACUCACUGGAGAGACAUCUAACAGUUCAAAUACAACCAAAUCUGGUACGAUGCAUUUCAAAACAUGGGGGAUAUUUCUUUAAAAAAUAUUGGCACCAAAACUCCCUACUGUGGCACUUUAGGCACUGCAAGGAACAGACAUUUUAUUUGUAUAAGAUGUGCAUGCUAUAAAGAGACUUUGGCAAUGGAGGAAAUAUUGUUCAAUCUGAUCUCCAUUCUGUAGGUAUAUGUUCAACAGCCAACAAUCCUCUGUGAUACUUCUCACAUGCAUUAUGAUACUGUGUUUCAAGGCUGCCAAAUUGCAACAAAUCCUUGAUAAACUAGAGCAGUUUCUCAAUGGGGGUGAUAUCGCCUCCCAUUUUGGGGGGUGAUUAGUAACAAUUUAUAUUUUGGGGGUGAAAAACAAUUUUCUAUGCGAUAUAGUAAAACAUUAUAUUAAGAAUAAUUAGAUAUUUUAUUCGUUAUAUCUUACAAUAAUUAAACAAAUAACAUUAUACUAGUGACUAAUCUAUUCAAUGCAAUAUGAAUUUGGCAUUAGCCUUAGUCCUCGGCAUCAGAAUUUUGAAGCUUGCAGUGGGAAUUCACAGUGUAUAAUGCUUAAUUUUAAUUUUGUUAAUUAUAUCAAAAUCUAAUACAUACUCUGAGUAAAUAAAUGUUUAAUUUUUUACAAAGUAUAUAAUUAUCAAAUAAACUAAUAAACUCAACAAAAUUUUUUUGAAGUGAAGUAAACUCAACUCCCAGACAUUGAUCAUUUAGUUCAAGGAAAUUAAUUCUCUUCAGAGCUUGUCGAGUCAGUAGUCCUCAGCAUAAAUUUUUAUGACAGUGAAAUUCUUGAAGUGUAGCUGCAGCAUUGCCAUUCUUUUUAAUGAAAAUGUCUUCAAAAUAUCCUGAAAUGUAAUCACAGUAGAUUUAGUUGCAUUAGGACUGCUAAAUAUCUCUAAAUAGUGUUAAAUAAGGUAUGUUAAUUAUGAUCCUGUGUGUGUGUGUGUGUGUGUGUGUGUGAGACUGUGUGACUGUAGACACAAUCUAAUGCAGCUCAGUAAAACAUGAAAUUACUUGUAAUGUAUUAAAAGGUUGGUUCCUAAUUUCAUGUCUGUAAAAUCUGAUAGAAAUCUUUAUUCUAACAUUAAAAAAAAUAUGAAAAAUGAGAUAAUUCUAUAUCCAUUACAGCAAACUAUAAAAAACUUGAUGCAAUUAACAUGAAUUUACUUAUAAUGUAUAUUAAUUUUUUACUUUAUCAUCCACAUUAUAUUGAAUCUUUUUCUUGCACAUUUUUACUGCUUAUAAUAACUCACUUAUGGAACUUAAUUGCUAAACCAUAUGAAAAACAAAAAUGAAACUUUUAAUAUAGCAGGGAAUUAAAUUACCAUAAAACAAAUGGUUUGGACAAAUCUUCAGUAGCCAUGCUUGGGUUCAGAUCAGUUCUGAUUCAUAGCAUAAAGAUGAAUAUUGAAGGUAGUGAGAAACAUAACCUAAUUCUCAGCCAAAUAUUAAAAGUUUUGUUUUAAGUCUGGUUAUUCAAUUUUUAACUUUUCUAUCUUCAAACCUUAUAUUUGUAAAAGAUUGAAUAAAUCAUUUUAUGAAUUAAUAAAAUUAAAUAACUGCAAAAAUAUUACUAAUUUAAUAAAAGUAAUUAAAGUUUCAUAGAACAAUAAUUUUCACAAUUUUAUUUAUAUUAUUUCAUUAUGGAAAACCAUUCUAGUGAGUAGGAAAUUAAAUGAUAUGAAAAAGUUUCACCAAAUUUAAUUUAUUUCUUACAGCUGCACAAAUUGUCAAUUAGAACUCUGUUGUUUUGAACUCAGCACAACCAAAGAAGAAGGUCGACAGUUUUUAUUUGGUGCUAGGUUGCCUUCAGAACGUCAGGAAUGGUUAAAAUAUAUUUAUAAAGCAAUGUCACCUCUCUCCUGCCACAUAGAAGAAUGGUUUAUUGAUUUUAAGCAUGCAGGUUUUGUAUAUCUGAAAGAGGGCACUGCUGGUCAUUGGCAGACAGCAUGGAUUGUGCUUAAAGGACGUAAUUUACUAGUUAGCCAGCUUGAAAUAAAUGUAAUAGAAGUAGUUGAUUUAAGAAAAUCCAUGGGUGUAGUCAAGUUAACAAAUACUAAUCAAGGAUGCCCAUCAGUAUCAUCAAGUGGUCCGUUAUUUCAUAUAGACUUGCCUCAAAAAGCUUUUUAUAUACAAGGAUAUUGGCCUAUCCAUACAGAAUCAUGGUAUCAAGUGAUACAUCAAGCUUGGACUUUACCAUCGGAAAGUUAUUUAACUGAUCAUUAUAUGACACAAGAAAAUGUUCCUGUAAUAAUAGAUAAGUGCCUGAAUUUCAUAAGUACACAUGGUUAGUACAGACUUUUCAUAAUUGUUAAAUUUUUUU